AUGUCCGCCAAAUUCCAAGAUGAGGCCGCCACCUCCCUGCGGAAAGACACAAAAGAAUUGGUCCACAAAGUCGGUGAGCGACUGACCGGAGGAGGUUAUCUCACUCAGAACCCGCUGCGCACCAAGAUGUUGACGUCCGGUGUGCUGUCGGGUCUGCAGGAGAUCCUGGCGUCCUGGAUCGCACACGAUGUCAGCAAGAACGGCCACUACCUCAGCCCGCGGGUGCCCAAGAUGGUGCUGUACGGCAUGUUCAUCAGCGCGCCGCUGGGCCACUUCCUCAUCGGGAUUCUGCAAAAGGUGUUCGCGGGCCGGACCAGCCUGAAGGCCAAGGUGCUGCAGAUCCUGGCCAGCAACCUGCUCGUCUCCCCCAUUCAAAACGCCGUGUACCUGACCAGUAUGGCGGUCAUCGCCGGGGCGCGCACCAUUCACCAGGUCCGCGCCACCGUGCGGGCGGGCUUCAUGCCCGUCAUGAAGGUCAGCUGGGUGACCUCGCCGAUCGCGCUGGCCUUCGCGCAGAAGUUCCUGCCGGAGCACACCUGGGUGCCGUUCUUCAACAUCGUCGGCUUCGUCAUCGGCACCUACGUCAACACGCACACGAAGAAGAAGCGUCUCGAAGCGCUGCGAAAGCGUUACGACCAACGUCGUGGCCCCGGCAGCGAGUACGACAAGGGCGACUACCGGUAA